UAGAAGCCCUUACUAGCGCUGGACUGCAACCAGCGUUCUUACCUUAUUCCGUCUAAAUGAAUUAGAUGGAGGGCUGGUAAAACUGACUCCAGAACAGAUACAAUUUUUUUUGUUGUUUUCCGGUUGAGUGUACGGAACUGAAUGCGACGGUGUAGCGACUAAAUGUCAGCAGCAUUCUGCGUUAUUGAAAGGGUCACGGGUCGAGCAUGAUGUCUGAGGGCAGUUCAUUUAUGAAGGGCAUGAUCCUAGGAGGCAUAUUCUGCCUUGUGAUGUCUUUCUUUGAGACCUUUAAUUCAGGAACCCACUCAGAAGGUCAUGAGCAUCUCCACCAUCAUCUGAAACCUGCCAGCAAGGAUGAGCUACAGAAGUUGUCGGAGUCUCAGAUGUCUGACUUGACCCUGCAGGUUCAAGUGUACUGUCUCAUCAUGGUUACCCCAAAACUCCUGGUCCACUGGGCGACAGCCAACGACACCUGGAGCAAACACUGCGACAAGUCUGUCUUUUACACAUCCGAGUCGUCCAAAGCUCUAGAGGCGUUAGACCUGCAGGAGCAGGAUGAGUGGGCUCGGCUACGCAAAGCCAUCAAGCACGCCUACGAGAAUGCUGGAGACCUGCGCUGGUUCUUCGUGGCCCGGCCCACCACGUUCGCAAUCAUAGAGAACCUCAAGUAUUUGGUGUUGGAUAAAGAUCCAACCCAGCCGUUUUACAUUGGCCACAGAAAAUCCGGAGAGCUGGAUUACGUGGAGUAUGACAGCGGGAUCGUGCUGAGCUACGAAGCCAUGAGGCGGCUGAUAGAGAUGUUCAAAGAUGAAGACAAAUGCCCAGAGCGAGGACAUGCCCUGUGGAAGAUGCCUGAAGAAAAGCAGCUCGCCACCUGCCUGAAAUACAGCGGGGUGUUUGCAGAAAAUGGAGAGGAUGCGCAAGGCAAAGGGCUUUUUAACAAGAAGAGCGUCAGCUCCUUGAUUUCCGACAGCAUGGGCCAAAACCCGGCCGACGUCGUGGAGGCCUGCUGCUCUGACAUGGCCAUCACGUUCGCCGGCAUGUCUCCGAGCCAGAUUCAGGUUUUGAUGUACGGCGUCUACAGACUCCGGCCGUAUGGACAUGAUUUUCAUGAUUCCUUGACGUUUCUGCCUCCUAAAGACUCUGAUAAUGACUGAUUGCCUUCAUGGCUUCCGUAUUGGAACUGUUACUGAAAUGAUAUGUUGGUCAUAACUGGGUGCAGGGCAGAGUCAGCUGUGAUGUGAAGUAUGUACUUUAUUUGUGCUUGUGUGUUCUGAAGGUUGGUGCUUGUGUGCGACUUAUGGGGGUUACACUAAUAUAAUUGUUCUCGAUUGUUUGCGAGCGAGUCGUAAUGGGCCGAUAUUGGAUAAUUUUGUGCACUUGAAAGUAUUUUGAAUAAAAAUUACACCAGAUUUAUGAAUUCCACACGUAUGGGGUAAGAAUUUUAAAUGAAGAACCUUUUUGAUGAUUUUUAAAUGUAUUUUGGAUGUAGGGGAAAGGAUAUUUUUGUGGCAUCUGUAUGGUAAACUGUCUGUAUCACCCUUAAAAUAUCAAACUAAUGUGGUUUGAAAGGUUAAUUUACUUGAGAUUGUAAAAUUACUUUUGCAUAGAACAUUGAUUAUUUAUUUACAUAUAUAUUGUUUCUAUAAUUCAGAUGUAGUUCAUUACACACUGGUUUGAGACCUUUUGUUAAUUGUUCUUUACUGCUUUUUAAAAAACAUCAGGACGCUUGAUCUCACCUGCUUUAGAAGUGAAGGUUACAUAUAAAAGAAGGCUAGGAAUAUGCAUUUCUUUUCAACCAUUUCUUUGGAUACUUGAUUUUUUUCAACAGAUUGCCAAAAUUCCAACAGGUUUAAUAAAUAUCAUUGAAAAUCACGUUUUGUAGUCUAUUAAACUAUGAAAAAACUU